CCUACUCUGAACCUUUGGAACAGCCGGCGCGAUCUGCUCCUCUUCCUUCUCCAACUGCUCCAGACUCCAGACAGAAGCCGUCCGGUUCUCCACACGGCGCUAUCAGAGACGAAAACGAAGGUCUUGUCUUCCAACUUCGUUGAUUGUGACUCCUCCUACACUAUCAUCUCCGUUCACGAAGAGAACUAGUCAGAAUUAGAAGUGGUAUGUGGGAAAACGAGUCGAAGAGAAAUAUUUCUACAUCACCAAACAAUGUAGAAAAUGUAAAAUACUUGUCUGGACGUUGGUCAUCAUUGAAACAAUCGUUCAAUAAUAAUUUUAAGAGACUAUUCAAUUUCAAAACAAGCAAUGUAUCGAAUUUUGAAAAAUUUAUUCAAUUUCUCUAUCGUCCAACUGAUCCAGCCAGUUUGGGAGUGGCAAGAGCUUUGUUUGGAUUGUGCAUGAUAAUAGACAUUGUUGAGGAGAGAGGAUUCGCAGACAUCGAUAUAAAAUGGGGCGAUCCAUGGGACUGUCAUUUCCCAUUGAUCCAUGGGAUGAAAGCGCCAUCGCUUCCAUGGAUGAUAAUGAUAUACACGGUGAUGUGGAUGGGUGCCUUUGGAAUCGCUCUCGGUCUGCACUUUAAGAUCGCAUGUGCCUGUUUUGUGUUGCCCUACUGGUACAUCUUUAUACUGGACAAGGGUUAUUGGAACAAUCAUACUUAUCUUUACGGCAUUGUAGCGACCUUAAUCUGGGGAACGGAAGCAAAUAAGUAUUUCGCAUUGGAUGCAAAUAACGCCAAACGAAAUGGCAAUUCCGUGCCAUAUUGGAAUUACUUCAUCUUAAAAUUUCAAUUUUUCGCCCUUUACUUCUUGGCCGGUUUGAAGAAAUCCGGCAGAGAAUGGCUCGAAGGUUACGCUAUGAUAAAUCUGUCCAGACACUGGGUAUUUCAACCAUUCAAAAUAGUUUUAACAACCGAACAAAUUGACUUUCUAAUCGUCCACUGGUUCACCUUUAUCUUUGAUCUGUCCGUCGGAUUUUGGAUGCUACUUGAAAAAACACGAAUCCCAGCCAUGAUAUUCUGCGCUGCUUUUCACUUAAUGAACUCAAGGCUAUUUAGUAUAGGUAUGUUUCCGUAUGUGUGUCUAGCGACAAUGUCGCUAUUUUGUAGCGCGGACUGGCCACGUAGAUUAACACAUUAUUUUAGCUGGAAACAACAGAUUUUAUUGAGUGAUGUAAAUUUAAACGUAAAUAGCAUAAAAGAGACUGAUAGUCAAAUAAAAGAAUCUCUAAGUUCCGAUUGUUCUGCGUUGCCUUCAAAUAAAAUUUCACAGUAUAAAACGAUGCAUAAAGAGGAAAGAAUGAGGAAAAAGGUAGACGAAAAUUAUUUUACUAAAUCAGAAUUUAAUAAAAAAGUAGACAAAAAAGAUAACGAUACGCAAUCAUCUAAAAAUUUGAUUGAAUCCGACGAAAAAGAAGCAACAAAUAUUUGUAAAAAACUUCGGGGAGGUCAACAAUCACCAAAAGCUACAAGAAAACAAAAAUUUGUAGUGUUCACACUGUUGUGCCAUAUUGUACUACAAUUUUUCUUACCAUAUUCGCAUUUUAUAUCAAAGGGUUACAACAAUUGGGUACCUGGUUUAUAUGGUUAUUCUUGGGAUAUGAUGAUCCAUGCCUGGGAUACUAUAUUGGUAGUAAUUAAAGUGCACGAUAACGUGAAUAACGAAGUUCGAUAUUUAAAUCCUGAAGCAUGGGUCCAAGGAGAUCGAUGGGUGAGACACGGAGAUAUGGCGAUCCAAUAUUCGCAAUGUUUAAAGGAUAAUCUGAUGCGUCGAAAAGAGGAAACGUUGAGUACUCAUUACCGAGUUGAGGAUAAGGAAAAAUGGAUGAGACUAUCUUCAAAUUUAAGUAUUUACAUGGACGCGUGGUGUUCACUAAACGGUAGAUUUCAACAAAGAAUAUUUGAUCCAAACAUCGAUAUGUUGACGGUUGAUUGGCAUCCUUUUAAACCUGUUUCAUUCCUGAUGCCAUUAAUCACGCAGUAUAAUUCGUACCGAUAUAAACUGGAGGAAAUUCAGCAGCACGUAUACACCUGGUCAAAUUACACGGAUGUAUUAUUUGUAGCUGAUUUUCCAGAAAUGUACUUGGAAAAUUAUAUAUCUACUGAUUUUGCGAACGUCUCCCUGACUGUGUUAGAGGGCGAAGUAACUUAUGACGAGGAAGAAUCAGCGAAUGCAAUUAUUGUGCCGAAAGAAAAAUCGAUUCCCGUGAAAACAGGAAUGUUUCAUCGAAUAAAGACUACGAGUUCCUAUCCAGCGUGCUACAUGUAUACUUACACUAAUCAAACGAAGGAGCAAUUGGAUAGUGAUAGAAAAGAAGCUCCGUUAGAAGAAAACACGCAGCCGUUGUUUUUAAAUAUAUUAAAAGAAAUUAAUUAUAAAAUCACUGCGUGGGCCAGAACAUUCGCUCAUAUAGCAAAUGCUUUCUUCAACUUGGUAUAUGAUGUUCCUAUGGUGCGACGAGUGCGCGUUAACAAAUAAUGAGUAUACGAGAAACAUUUAAGAUUGCAUCUCUAUAUCUUAUCGACAAGUUUCUGAUGUUUUUUUAAGUAUUUUUAGUAU